AUGCCACUGGGGGGGUUUGCGGGUCUAAAGGAGAAGCUCAAACCGGGGAAGGAGGAGUUGAAGAACAAUGUGGGCGACUCUCUGGGGAACCUGCAGAAGAAGAUCGAUGGCACUAAUGUGGCUGAAGAGGACAACAUUGAGCUGACAGAAGAUGGCCGUCCAGUGGCAGCCCCUAAACACAGCCCACCCCUUUUGGAUUGUGGCUGCUUUGGCCUUCCCAAACGUUACAUCAUCGCCAUCCUCAGCGGACUUGGCUUUUGCAUCUCGUUUGGCAUCCGCUGCAACCUCGGUGUAGCCAUUGUAGAAAUGGUCAACAACAACACUGUCUACAUCAACGGGACUGCCGUCAUGCAGCCAGCUCAGUUUAAUUGGGAUCCAGAGACAGUGGGAUUGAUACAUGGCUCUUUUUUCUGGGGCUACAUUGUCACUCAAAUCCCUGGAGGUUUCAUCUCCAAUAAGCUAGCAGCUAACAGGGUGUUUGGAGCAGCCAUUUUCUUGACGUCAGUGCUAAACAUGUUUAUUCCGUCAGCUGCCAGGGUUCACUACGGCUGUGUCUUAUUUGUGCGAAUCUUACAAGGACUGGUGGAGGGCGUCACAUAUCCUGCCUGCCAUGGGAUGUGGAGCAGAUGGGCUCCUCCAUUGGAGAGAAGUCGUCUGGCUACUACCUCGUUCUGUGGAUCUUAUGCAGGAGCUGUGAUAGCCAUGCCACUGGCUGGAAUAUUAGUGCAGUAUGUGGGCUGGCCCUCUGUCUUCUAUAUAUAUGGCGUGUUUGGCAUUAUAUGGUAUAUUUUCUGGCUCUUGCUGGCUUAUGAUAGCCCAGCGAUACAUCCCACUAUCAGUGAAGAAGAAAGAACAUAUAUAGAGACCUCUAUUGGAGAAGGAGCUAAUUUAAUGAGUUCUACUGAGAAAUUUAAAACUCCUUGGCGUGAAUUCUUCACAUCUAUGCCUGUCUACGCCAUUAUUGUGGCAAACUUCUGCCGCAGCUGGACCUUUUACCUCCUGCUCAUCAGCCAGCCUGCGUACUUUGAAGAGGUCUUUGGGUUCCCCAUCAGCAAAGUGGGCAUUUUGUCAGCGGUGCCACACAUGGUGAUGACGAUCAUUGUACCCAUAGGAGGCCAGCUGGCUGACUUCCUGAGGAGUCGGAAAAUCCUCUCUACUACAACCGUGCGGAAAAUCAUGAACUGUGGAGGUUUUGGCAUGGAGGCCACGUUGCUGCUGGUGGUCGGGUUCUCACACACACGUGCCGUGGCCAUCUCAUUCCUCAUCCUGGCAGUGGGCUUCAGUGGAUUUGCGAUAUCAGGAUUCAAUGUAAACCAUCUGGACAUAGCUCCUCGCUAUGCCAGUAUUCUUAUGGGUAUCUCUAAUGGAGUUGGCACCCUGUCUGGCAUGGUUUGCCCCCUCAUCGUUGGAGCACUCACUAAACACAAGACUCGGCUGGAGUGGCAGCAUGUGUUUGUGAUCGCUUCCAUGGUGCAUUACACUGGCGUGAUCUUCUAUGCCAUCUUUGCCUCUGGUGAGAAGCAGGACUGGGCUGAUCCUGAGAGCACCAGUGAUGAAAAAUGUGGCAUCAUCGGGGAAGAUGAGCUGGCUGAUGAGACCGAACCCAAAAGCGACAGUGCCCUGGCGACUAAGCAGAAGACCUAUGGAACAACAGACAACUCUGCAGGCCGCAGGCAAGGCUGGAAGAAGAACAAAGGCGUGACCAUGCAAGCUGAUGAAGAUCACGGAUCAAAUCAUUAUGAAAACGGGGAAUAUCAGAACCAGUAUCAAUGACAUUUUGGUUAUUAAACGCCCAAGACUGAGUGGUGAGGUGUAGGAGUAUUUAUUCAAGUAACUGCAGAAAUAACCCCAACAAGGGACUACAACAUUCCACUUGACAUUCGACACAACAGUAUAUUUGAGUUGUGAAGAAAUAUUUUGGAUGGCUUCCUUUAUGAUUUCACCCUGCUGUAGAGCCUGAAGGAACAGUCACGUGAGAAUGAUCUGUGAGUAGUUCAUUUGACGUGAUGGAGAUUUGUAGCUGAAAAGAAAGUUUCAACUGGAGUCCACACUACCGUUCUAAAGUUGGUCAGUAAUAUUUUUUUGAAAGAAAUUAAUAUUUAUAGAGCAAGGAUGCAUUUAAUUGAUCAAAAGUGACAGUAAAGGCAUUUAUAAUGUUACAGAAGGUUUCAUAUAAAUGCUGCUCAUUUAAGCUUUCUUUUCAUCAAAGAAUCCUAAAACAUUUAUCAGAGUUUCCACAAGGAUCAUGUUUUUAGGAUGAUUUCUGAAGGCUCAUGUGACACUGAAGACUGGAGUAAUGGCUGGUUUGCCAUAAGAUGAAUACAUUACAUUUUAAAAUAUAUUCAAAUAGAAAACAGUUUUUUUAAAUGGGGGUUAUGCGCAACUAAAUUUCUCUGUAAAACAGUAGUCUAUAUAUAGUGGCCCCAUAAGGUGGAUACUUGAGUGACACUUAAAAGUUUCUGAAUGUCAUUGCAUUAGAUACAGUAAUACCAAAGUCCCUUUAAGACAAGUCAUUUCAGUCGGCGGCCAUCUUUGAAACGCCUCUCGGGCAUCCUGGGCAUCAUGCAAUCUCUUU